AUGGCGGAUGUCGAUGUCGGCGCGAUUCACGCCUACAGGAGAUUGAUCGACGAUCUCCUCACCCGCGCAGAGCAUGCCAAACCCGACCAGCAGAUCGAACCGCCUUUGUCCGAAACCCAUCUGGGCGAUUCGAUCUGGCUCAUCCAAGGGGAGGAUAAGCAAUUGGUCCAGGAACUCGGCCAACAAACUCAGUUUGCGGCGGUGGAGAUUGCGUUCAGGGAGAAGUUCUACGGCUUACUUGCUUCUACCUCAAUCGAGGAUCCCUCGUUCAUCCGGAUAUGGAACCUACUCGAUAUCAUCUCAAUCUUUUCGGACAACGAGCAGUGUGAGCCCGGCCUGAUCUUUUGGCUGACCGAGGAAUUGCUUGAUAGCCAAACCAUUGAUGGCUGCCGGAAGGUGUUCGAUUACCUGGAAUCGCGACGAGAGCGGAAUACAAAGAAACAUUUCAAGCAAAAGAGCUUGAUCAUCCUACGAUCUUGUAAUGAGUUACUCCGAAGGCUCUCAAGGGCCGAAGAUACAGUCUUCUGCGGACGCGUCUUCAUCUUUCUGUUCCAGAGCUUCCCUUUGGGAGACAAGAGCGCCGUCAACCUCCGGGGUGAAUACCACACGGAUAAUGUUACUACAUAUGAUGAACUCACCAAGGCGGUCGCAAAGGCAACUGCCGAUCUAGAUGUGGAGAUGUCAGACGGGAAAGAGGAGCCUACAACAAGUGAAGGCCCAGAGGAAAGUGAAGCUCAAGCAGCAGCUGCGAGCGGCUCCCAGACACCCGCACAAGGAACCCCGAGAACACCAAGAGUGGUGGUCUCUAGGGCCAAAGACGAAUCUGAAGAGGAGGCCGUGGAUCUGGAUGGCCUAUAUCCCAUAUUCUGGGGACUGCAGGCUUACUUCUCUGCCCCGACGAAAACGUUCGACCCUCAGCAUUUCGCCACCUUCAAAACUGGACUUGAAGCCACCAUUUCUACCUUCAAGAAUGUCAACACAGACCUUGAAAAUUCGAGCAACAGCAAGACCUCAGAGGAGAUCCGGAAAUCCACUAAGCGGAAGCGGACUACCGAUGGCCAGGAGAUCGCGAGCAGUUUCAACCCCAAGUAUCUGACAAGCCGGGACUUGUUCGACCUCGAGGUCAAUGAUACAGCGUUCAGGAGACACGUUCUUGUUCAAGCCCUUAUUCUUCUCGACUUCAUGCUUUCUCUCACGCCCAAAGCAAAAGCCAAGCUAGCUGACUUGACCAACAAGUCCGUCCUUUACGGGUUUGUGUUAAAUGACGAUGAUGCCAAGUGGGCGGUUAAGAUAAGAAAGGCGAUCGAGGAGUAUCUCCAGGAAGGAGUCGGAGGGAAAUUUUAUUAUCGUAUGGUGGAUACCGUCCUGUCAAGGGAUAAGAACUGGGUGCGGUGGAAGGCAGAAGGUUGUCCAUUGAUUGAGAGAGCGCCUGUUACUGUAUCCGAGUAUCUCGGCGCUCGUGAGCAUGCGACCAAGGUUUACGCAAACAAGCGCCUUCGCACCUCACCUAUGGGGUCACUUGAUCUUAAAUUUCUCUCCGAGGGCGAAUCACUCGCAGGACUCGAAAGACUCAAGGAGUCGGAAAGAUUCUCCGUCCCUGCUGCAGACUCAUUGAUGUUGGGAAUCAUGGACGACGAAUUGGAUAUCGACACUGCGCAGACAAAAGAGGACAAAGAGUAUGCGACUCGGUCGAAAGCCAGCAAAACCUGGCGCAUAUUACGGCUCUCUGCGAAAAGCAAACUUGCGGCGUUUGACAAGAUUGAGGACGGCAAAAACCUGAAGAUCCUGUUCGAGACUGCCCAGCAGUCAGACGGUACACCGCAGGCCCUCGAAGGUACACCUCAAGCCUCGGAUAAGCCACCGGCGGAGGAUGAAUCCACUGGGCCGGGGCAAGAUCACGUAGUCACCAACGCGGAAAACGAAAACUCGGCAGUUGCCACCGAACAGGCUUCAGCUGAUUCGAAGGACGCAGCUGCCCCGGACACUACUAAGGCGAUGUGA